AUGGAGAGGGACUGGAACCCUGAAAUCCAGCAGGAGCUUAGGGAACUGGAGAUUUUAGAGCAGCUAUGGGAAUCUCGCCACAAUAUUGUGAGGAAGCCAACGCCGUACGAGAGGCCACAUAUAGAUAUUCUGGCCAACAGUCACAGCCAAGAGCCAGCACCAGCUACCAGAGGAACAGGUGGGCCAGGGGGUCACGCCGUAGCAGUGGAUUUUAAAGACACUCAGAAGAUACCCAUGGAACCAGAGAUGGUGAUUCACCGAAUUAAAAUUACUCUAACCAGCUGCAACGUAAAAUCUUUGGAGAAGGUAUGUGCUGACUUGAUCAGAGGUGCUAAGGAAAAGAAUCUCAAAGUGAAAGGACCAGCUCUGAUGCCCACCAAGACUCUGAGAAUCACUACAAGAAAAACUCUUCAUGAUGAAGGUUCUAAGACUUGGGAUCAUUUUCAGAUAAGGAUCCACAAGCGACUCAUUGAUUUAUACAGUCCUUCUGAGAUUGGUAAGCAGAUUACUUCCAUCAGUAUUGAGCCAGGAGUUGAGGUUGAAGUCACCCAUGCUGAUGCUUGA